GCGAACACGUAUAAAUUAGCACGCGUUUUAAAAAUUAUACUUUUAAUAUAUAAAAAUUAAAUUAAUUUAUAUUUUUAAUUAAAACAUCUUAUAAAUAAAAAAUUUCAAUUAAUUGAAAAAUUAUUAUUCUUCGUUUAACAGCGAAUAUUCGAAAAAAAUUUUGUUAUAUAAAAAUCUGUAUCACAUUGGGAUUUCGUCAUGGUUGAAAGUUCAGCAGGAUUAAAGCGUUUCUUUGGUGUUUCAGACAUCACAGACAAUCAUAAUAUAUGGCGAAUUUUAUUAGCAGAACUUAUAGGAACAUUUCUAUUAGUUUUUAUUGGUGUUGUUAGUACGAUACCAGAGGAAAAAAGUGUUCCACAAAUAGCAUUCACAUUUGGACUAGUUGUAGCAACAUUAGCACAGGCAAUUGGACAUGUUAGCGGAUGUCACAUUAAUCCAGCUGUAACAAUUAGCUUUAUGAUAAUUGGAGAAAUGAGCUUAUUAAAAGGAGCAUUUUAUAUGUGUGUGCAAUGUAUUGGUGCAAUUGCUGGUGCUGCUGUUCUUAAGGUUGCGAUUCCAGAUGAAAUAGCACCUGCAAAUAUGGGAAUAACUGGUCUUUCAAAAAAUUUAACUAGUGGUCAAGGUGUUCUUAUUGAAAUCUUAAUCACUUUCAUAUUAGUAUUUGUUGUACAAGGUGUUUCUGAUGGAAGACGAAAUGAUUUAAAAGGAUCGAUUCCAUUAGCAGUGGGAUUAUCUAUAACAGCGGGACAUUUGGCAGCCGUUCCAUUUACUGGAGCAAGUAUGAAUCCAGCCAGAUCAUUUGGACCUGCAGUUGUAAUGAGCAAUUGGCCAGAACAAUGGAUUUAUUGGGUUGGACCAAUGGUUGGUGGUUGUUUAGCCGGUCUUCUAUAUCGAUUUAUAUUUAAAGUACGAAAAGGAGAUGAUGAAGCAUCUUCAUAUGAUUUUUAAAUUUAAAAUAUAUAUAUAUAUAUUUGAGUUUCAUAUAUGUAUAAAUUAAUGUAUAUAUAUAAAAAUGUUAAAAUUUAUAAAAAUUAAAAAAAAAAAAAUGUUAUUAUUAUUAUACAAAAAUUUUUUUCGUUCGAUAUUUAUUUUUUUUUAUGUAAAACAUAAAUUUUUCCUCUUCUAAAAUUUUUUAUUACUAUACACAUUAUAUAUACGAGUAUGUACGUAUAUGUAUGAAUGCAUAUGAUAUAGAAAAUGAGAAGGAAUAUUAAAAAAUAAUUCUUAUUAAAUAUAAAUUUAUAUUUAAAUAAAGUAUAUAUGUAUGUAUAUACAUAUAAAUCUAAAAAUUAUUUUAAAUUAAAGGAUUGUUUUAAAUUUAUUAAUAAUGUAUAAUAUUAACCUUAAAUAUUUUAACAAAAAAAUAUAAUACAAAUUAAAAAUUUUAAAUUGUAUUUUGAGAAUAGCACAAAAAAAAAACAAAGCACGCUAAAUAAAUUUAUUCAUUUUUUUCACAUUUUAUUGUUGUUAUAGUCUUUAUCUCCAUUUUCAUCAAAUUUUUUAAAUAUUUUUUUAUUAAUUUUGUGUAUUAAAAAUGUCCUUUUAUAUAAAAUAUAAAAAUUUCAUUUUUAAUUUCAUUAUUGAAAUUACAAAUACACACAAUUAUUAUAAAAUAAUUAACAAUAUUAAAAAAAAAAAUUAUAAGAAAAAUUUACAAACAGAAAAAAAAAAGCAAAUGCACUUAACUUUAAAAUUUAAUUAUAAGAUUAAUAUUAUUAUUAUAUAAAAAGAAAUUAAUUUCUAUUUAAAAAAGAGAAAAAAAAAAACCAUUUUUACUUUUUAUGUAUUUUUGGCUUAAUGUAAAAAUUUUGUUUUUAAGGUAUUAUGAAUAAUAUGA